UAUGAAGAAAGAGAGGGAAACCAGCGAUUUCGAACGAAAAGAUGGGCAAUAUUACCAAGAAUAUUACGACAAAGAAGAUGAAAAUGAAAAAGUAUUGAUAUCAGUAGACAUUACUUUUAAAAAUGAUAAGAAUAAAAGAGAUAAAGCUACAUCAAAUCUAAAUGGCUCAGAUUUCCCGGAUUCGACAGCCGAUCCGUCGUCAGAGUUGCCAGAUCCACUAAUACUGCUUCCGGACAUGGCUUGA